AUGGCUCCGCUGUCUUUCAAUCCCCUGGACACGCGCGUUCACACCGCCAACAUGUCUCUCUCUUCCAUCAAGGGCCUCCUCUCCUCCCCGACGAGCACGGAGUACGAUGUCGAGAAGGACUCUCGUCUGUCCAGCGACGGAGAGAGCGCCAAUGGCGACGGAAAGCGCCGCGAAACGAAAGACCCCAAGCUCGUUGACGGCCGUGUAAUAUCAGACGCCAUCAUCGGUCUUUCGGAUGGCAUGACCGUUCCCUUUGCCCUCACCGCGGGCCUCUCCGCGCUGGGAGACACCAAGGUCGUUGUGUUUGGCGGCUUUGCGGAACUCAUCGCUGGUGCUAUUUCUAUGGGCUUGGGCGGGUACCUCGGCGCAAAGAGCGAAGAAGAAUCAUACCGCGCAACCCUCAAAGAAACCGAAAAGCAAACAAUCGCAGACCCCACCUCCGUCACAGACACAAUACACGACAUCUUCACCCCAUACGACCUCCCCCCACACCUCGUCUCUGAACUCACAACCCACCUCACCUCAUCACCGAACCUCGCUUCCUUCCUCAUGAACUUCCACCACACCCUCCCCGAACCCUCCGGCUCGCGAGCCGUCACCUGCGCCGUCACAAUCGCCCUGGGCUACUUCAUCGGCGGCUUCGUCCCGCUCCUCCCGUACUUCUUCGUCGGGCCGACCGAUGCCUUCCUCGCGCUGAAGUGGAGCAUUGCAACCAUGGUGGUUGCGCUGUUUAUCUUCGGGUACGGGAAGACGUGUUUCGUGAGCGGGUGGAAGGGCCAGAGGAAUGUCCGGAAGGGCGUUGUGGGUGGGCUGCAGAUGGUGCUUAUCGGUGGGGUUGCGGCGGGGAGCGCGAUGGGGCUUGUCAAGGGGUUCCAGGCGUUGGCGGAUAGUGCUUAG